AUGACAAUGGCAGAUAUUGUAGAAAACCUAGAAAUUGAUAAAGACACCGUAUCGGUAGAUGAACUAGAAAAUAUAUUUAGUAAAAAAUAUGACUUGCUGACUGAAACAGCGGUAACCCUAAAGAAAACAUACAUUAAUAAGCUCAGUUUAAAUAAAUCUCUCCAUGUAGCAGUCAGCUUACUAGAUAACAGUAUAGAAGUUUAUCAACUCACCAAUUCCUCAUUAUCUAAAGUAUGUCGACUGAGUGGUCAUAAGGACAGUCUCACUGAACUGGUAUUCAGUCCUAAAGAGGAGCACCUGCUGUAUUCAGCGGGCCACGACGGAAUUAAGUUGUGGGACACAAGAACAAGUGGAUUGUGUACACAGGAAUAUAAAGAUGAGCCGGACGCUACUCCUCGUCAGUAUGAGUGUAUGGACGUGUCAUGUUCAGGUCGGCUGCUGGCUGCGGGCAGUGUGUUACAUGAGGAUGAUGCAUACCUUGUGUUCUGGGAUGUACGGAACACACAACCUCUCGGGGGAUACUGGAACUCACAUACUGAUGAUAUAACACAGGUGAAAUUCCACAAAGAAAAAUCUGAGAUUCUUUCUUCUGGAUCUUUGGAUGGUCUCCUUAAUAUAUACAACGUACUAGAGGCGACAGAGGAUGACGCACUCACUUACUCACUGAACGUUGACAACUCCAUAGAGAAGAUAUCCUGGCUGAGUGAGGACUUGGUGGCGUGUUGUACACAGUCACACGACGCGCAGCUCUGGAACACAUGCAGUGGAGACCUGCUGCAGACUUACGACAGAGAGAAGAUCGCUCGAGGAAUUAAGAGACUGCGUGCUGAUGACUGCUACUUGGUUGAUAUGUUCACGUCUAGUGACAAGUCAACAGUUAUAUUAACAGGCUCCUACAGCGGGGAGGGAAAUCUUUUGAGGUCAGUGACCGCUGAGGACAAGAAAUUGAGACCAUCUUGUAACUUUGUGAAAAACAAACAGGUUGUGAGGUGUUUAGGAUAUGAUGAACAGAGAGACAUAUUAAUAACAGCCGGUGAAUCGGGACUUGUCAGUGUGUGGAGUACUGAAGGACCGGCAGUGAGUGAGGAAAUAAAACAAAGGAGCAGAGGACAUAACAGACAUAAACCAUACUGA